AUGGAUCAAGGAUUGCCCCCAAACAAGAAGGGCAGGUGCCCCUCUGAAGAGGUUCCCAACUAUCACUUCCAUUUUGCACUUGGGUUUUGCACCCAAACACUUACAGACAUCAUCAAAGCACAACCAAAGUGUGCACUAAAACCUCAAUCCCAACUGGCAUAUGCAACAAAGGGCUAUAACACACCCAGAGGUGCCACAUUUGUCACAACCCACUCCAUUCUUUCCAUGAGUCCGGACCUUGUCAAGCCUCCAACACACUCAUGCUGCACACCAGCAUGA